AUGGCCAACCUUCGGCGUUGGAUGGCCAACCGAAGGAACUUUCUGCCUCCUUAUAAUUGCAAAGUGAAAUCAAAGAUUUUUCUACCGGGUUGCAAGGGACACCCGGAUCAGAUUCCCUACAUUCUUGUAUGGCAGAGUUUAGUGGAAAAUCCACCCCCUUGGUUGGCCCCCUUCCUAUCCUCGGGAACGUGUAAGGUCCUUGCCAUGUGGCCUGCAAGUCCCCCAAAAUCAAGGACGCCAGCAGCGCCCUUGUAUCCCAUAUUUCCCGAUAGUCAGGACCUACUAUCCCUAGACCCUCCACCCUAUCAUCCCCCUCCCCUCGCACCCCAGGGGAAACGGGAGGAUGGGAAGGGGCAGCUGCGCCAGACAGAACCGGGGGGACGGGAGGCAGCAGCCGCGCCGAGCCCCAUUGAAAAUGGAACAAACCGCGAGGGGCCAGCCGGUCGAACCCACGGGCGCACCCAGCAUGAGCCAAACCCCCGCCUCCCUGACUCCACUGUGGCCCUACCCCUGCGGGAAAUAGGACCCCCCGAUGAAACAGGCAACCCCCGACUCCAGUAUUGGCCCUUUUCCACCAGUGACCUUUACAACUGGAAAACGCAGAACGCUCGAUUCUCUGAUAACACUAAAGACCUAAUAGCUCUUUUAGACAGUGUCAUGUUCACCCACCAGCCCACCUGGGACUACUGUCAGCAGCUCCUCCGCAUCCUGUUCACUACAGAGGAGCGAGAGAGGAUCCAAUUAGAAGCAAGAAAGCUGGUUCCUGGAGACGACGGUCAGCCGACAUCUAACACUGAUCUCAUUAAUGUGGCUUUCCCCCUAACCAGACCUCCACAGGACGAAUGGGACUAUAACACGGCAGAAGGUAGGGGAAGGCUACUCAUUUAUCGCCAGACUCUAAUGGCGGGUCUCCGGGCUGCAGCUCGCAAGCCCACCAAUUUGGCUAAGGUAUAUUCGGUCUUACAGGGAAAGGCAGAGAGUCCAGCUGCUUACUUAGAGAGAUUAAUGGAAGACUUUAGGCAGUUUACCCCCAUGGAUCCAGAAGUCCCUGAGAACCAGGCUGCAGUCGUUAUGUCCUUUGUAAAUCAAGCAGCUCCUGACAUUAAAAGGAAACUCCAAAGGCUAGAGGAUUUAGAAGGUAAACAGAUCCAGGAUCUACUCCGUAUAGCACAACGGGUCUACAACAACAGGGACGCCCCAGAAGAGAGACAGAUUAAAGCCACAGAGAAAAUGACUAAAGUCCUGGCCGCUAUAGUCCAGAAAGAACAGCCACCCCCAGAAGGCAUUCAAACAAUGCGCCCUCCCAGGCGGCACUUAGAUAAAGAUCAAUGUGCCUAUUGUAAAGAGAAAGGCCAUUGGAUACGAGAAUGCCCCAAGAAGAAACAACACCGCCCCAGCCAAGGGCAAUGGCAGCCUAAAAUAGCCCCCAUACUGUUUACCCAAGAUACAGAAUAGGGAGGACGGGGUUCGGAUCCCCUCCCUGAACCUAGGGUAACGUUGCAAGUGGAGGGGACCCCGGUCCAGUUCCUAGUUGAUACCGUGGCACAGCACUCAGUUUUGGUCAAGCCCCAUGGAAAAGUAUCUGAAAAAUCAUCCUGGGUACAAGGGGCCACCAGAAUAAAGAAGUACCUCUGGACAACUCAGAGGACUGUGGACUUAGGAACUGGGAAGGUAACCCACUCCUUCCUGGUCAUACCCGACAGCCCCUGGCCCCUGUUGGGGAGGGAUUUGCUUACCAAAAUGGGGGCCCAAAUUCAUUUCCAACCGGGGGGGCCCACAGUGACUGACGUCCACAACCAACCCAUAUCUGUACUUACUGUGAAACUAGAAGAUGAAUAUAGGCUCCAUCAGGAACCCACUCCUCGGGAUCAGGGCAUCGAGCCUUGGCUUCAACGCUUCCCAGAUGCGUGGGCAGAAACAGGUGGUAUGGGGUUAGCAAAACAUCGCCCAGCCCUAUUUAUAGAGGUUAAGCCCGGGACAGACCCCAUCUGCGUGUGCCAAUACCCUAUGCCCACGGAAGCCAAAAAUGGCAUCACACCGCACAUCCGCCGCCUCCUUGACUUCAGGGUCCUACGCACCUGUCACUCAGCAUGGAAUACCCCACUGCUGCCCAUGCGCAAACCCAAUAGCGGGGAAUACAGACCAGUGCAGGACCUGAGAGAAGUCAAUAAGCGGGUGAUGGACACACAUCCAACCGUUCCUAACCCCUAUACUCUCCUGAGAGCCCUCAGCCCAGAAAAACAAUGGUAUACUGUUCUGGAUCUAAAAGAUGCUUUUUUCAGCCUACCACUAGUGCCUAAAAGUCAAGAGCUAUUUGCAUUCGAGUGGACAGAUCCAGACAGGGGCAUAAAUGGCCAGCUCACUUGGACCAGACUGCCACAAGGAUUCAAGAACUCUCCGACCCUGCUCGACGAGGCUCUACACGAAGAUUUAAGUGAGUACAGACAACAACACCCUAAUAUAACUCUCCUACAGUAUGUUGAUGAUCUCUUAAUAGCUGCCGAGACACCCGAAACCUGCAUCCAGGGAACCGAAGGUCUCCUGCGAACUCUGGGAACCUUAGGCUACCGCGCCUCAGCAAAGAAGGUUCAAAUCUGCAAGUCAGAGGUAACUUACCUGGGUUACUUACUGAGAGGGGGGCAACACUGGCUAACGGAUGCCGGGAAGGAGACUGUCCUUCGUAUUCCCAGACCGCAGACACCAUGACAGGUGAGGGAAUUCCUAGGGUCGGCUGGGUUCUGCAGACGAUGGAUACCAGGGUUUGCUGAAUUAGCAAAACCUUUAUACCAGGCAACAAAAGAUCAACAGCCCUUUAGUUGGACGGAAGAAGCUGAACAGGCCUUCCAACAAAUCAAAACUGCUCUGUUAUCAGCACCUGCCCUGGGACUCCCCGAUGUCUCCAAACCCUUCCACCUAUAUGUAGAUGAAAACCAGGGCAUAGCCAAGGCGGUGCUAACCCAGCAUUUGGGCCCUUGGUGCAGGCCAGUAGCCUAUCUGUCUAGAAAGCUAGAUCCAGUGGCUGCCGGAUGGACACCCUGUCUCCGGAUGAUUGCAGCCACUGCCCUAAUGGUAAAGGACACUGAUAAGCUGACCAUGGGCCAAGAGCUACAAGUCACCACCCCGCAUGUCAUCGAGGGCAUCCUCAAGCAGCCGCCUGACCGAUGGCUGAGCAAUGCCCGACUCACUCAUUACCAGGGACUGCUGUUGAACCCCCUCAGGGUCAUCUUCACCCCCCCAAUGGCCCUGAACCCAGCAUCACUGCUGCCAGACCCAGACAUGGGAACCCCACUUCAUGACUGCGCUGACAUACUGGCUCAAGUUUAUGGGGUCCGGGAAGACUUGCAGGAUCAGCCAUUAUCGGACGCAGACGCCAUCUGGUUUACCGAUGGAAGCAGCUUCGUUCACCAAGGACAAAGGUAUGCGGGGGCGGCCGUGACUUCAGAGACCGAGGUGGUGUGGGCAGAAGCUUUACGCCCCGGAACCUCGGCCCAGAAGGCUGAGCUAAUAGCCUUAACCCAGGCCCUAAAGUUAGGAAGAGAUCGCAAGCUAACCGUGUACACUGAUAGCCGAUAUGCCUUCGCCACCGCUCAUGUACAUGGGGCGAUAUACAGAGAACGGGGGCUCCUCACAGCUGAAGGGAAAGACAUCAGAAAUAAAGAAGAGAUUCUAGCCCUGCUAGCAGCCUUAUGGGAACCCAAAAAGCUAGCAAUUGUGCAUUGCCCAGGACACCAGAAGACAACCGACCCAGUUUCCCGGGGCAACAAUUUGGCCGAUCAGACUGCAAAAAACAUAGCUCGGCCCCCAGCGCAAUUGCUGACCCUACAGCUGCCGGACCCCGGACCCCGGGAAUUGCCCCCCAGCCCUGAGUAUUCAGAAAGCGACAUUCAAUGGAUGAGUAAACUUCCUAUGACCAGAAUCAAAAAUGGCUGGUGGAGAGACUCUAAAAGCAGCAGUAUACUCCCAGAUAAACUAGGAUGGCAAGUUCUAGAGCGGAUCCAUCGCAGCACCCACUUAGGUUCCCGGCGAAUGUUGGACUUACUGAGACAGACUGGACUAAAAAUCAGAAAUGUCUCUGAUAAGGUCGAUCAAGUAGUCACUAAAUGUACAGUGUGCCAACUCAACAAUGCGAGUAGCAAUCCUCAGACAACAGGGGUAAGACAAAGAGGGAGCAGACCGGGUACCUAUUGGGAAGUAGAUUUCCCUGAGGUAAAACCAGGAAAAUAUGGAUAUAAGUAUUUGCUAGUUUUUGUAGAUACCUUUUCAGGUAUCUGA